UGCCAGCAGGGGGCGCCCUGACGUGCCGAGGACAUAACAGAAAGUGUCGGGAUGUGCACUGUAGGACCGGACGCCAUAGAGAAAGCAGCAAGCAGAGGGGACGCCGACUUACCUGCGGUCUCCUGCUGUGUUCGCAAAAGAUGAAACUCAUCAUUUUGGAUGACUAUGACCAAGCUAGUGAGUGGGCUGCCAAGUACAUUAGAAAUCGCAUCAUCCAGUUUAACCCAAGUGCUGAGAAAUAUUUUACGUUGGGCCUUCCUACAGGAAGCACGCCACUGGGAUGCUACAAGAAGCUUAUUGAAUACCAUCAAAAUGGAGAUCUCUCCUUCAAGUAUGUGAAAACCUUCAACAUGGAUGAGUAUGUGGGAUUACCCAGGGAUCACCCAGAGAGCUAUCAUUCUUUUAUGUGGAAUAACUUCUUUAAGCACAUCGAUAUCAGUGCUGAAAAUGCUCACAUCUUGGAUGGAAAUGCUCCAGAUCUUCAGACUGAAUGUGACUUAUUUGAGGAAAAAAUUAAGGCUGCUGGUGGAAUAGAAUUAUUUGUUGGAGGGAUCGGGCCUGAUGGUCACAUAGCUUUUAAUGAACCAGGGUCCAGUCUGGUAUCCAGAACGAGAGUGAAGACAUUGGCCAUGGACACCAUAUUGGCAAAUGCACGUUUCUUUGAUAACAAUCUCUCAAAAGUACCUACCAUGGCUCUGACUGUUGGUGUAGGAACAGUGAUGGAUGCAAAAGAGGUAAUGAUACUGAUCACUGGGGCACAUAAGGCCUUUGCUCUAUACAAGGCUAUAGAAGAAGGAGUAAACCACAUGUGGACAGUGUCUGCCUUCCAGCAGCACCCAAGUACAGUGUUUGUUUGUGAUGAAGAUGCGACACUAGAGCUGCGUGUAAAGACUGUCAAAUAUUUUAAAGGGUUAAUGCAUGUUCACAAUAAACUGGUCGAUCCCCUGUACAGCAUGAAGGCGAGAGGAACUGCAGUCGGACAGACCCCAAAGAAACCAUACAGUGACUGAGCAGGGCAGAGGACCUCUGGAUGACUUGAUGAAGGGUCAGCUUGUAUGACUAUGUUGCUUGAAGAACAUGGUCUGCUAGCUCCCUGACCAGCCCCGAGGAGGACAGCCCCUUAAUGCUUGAUGGGCCAGUGUGAUGUCACACCAUCAGUAAUAUGCACUCUGUGAAUACUUUUCACUGUUUAGGCUGCACUCACACAGUCCUGUUGAUAGUCCAUGUAAGGAUUGUAUAUUUCACACCUUUUGAGCUUUUUUUUUCCAGGUUUUCCUCUGAAAUGUAAAGUCCUAAGGCUGGAUGUGCGUAUUAUGUUGCCAAACUUCAGCCGACCGCAUGUCUAAUAACCAGACCUUUUUUGGGUCACUAGACUAGGUUGGGUGAGGAUUUGUGACAUAACACAUUUGUAAAAAUGCAGUAUAUUACUUUAGUGUUGAACCACCUAACAGAUUAAUAUGACUCUGUGAAUACAGCCUUAAACCAUGCCUUUCCCCAAAUUGCAGUUUUUAGGAUCAAAAUGUAUUUUUCAAACAUUAAAAAUGUUUUGUAUUAGAAA